CGGAUGCGUUGGAAAAAAAAACUGGCAGCACUAACUAAAAUACACAAAACCAAGACGGACUAAUUUGUUUAAUUAAAAUUAUUGUUUUUAAAAAGCAGAAUACAAAAUGAUGGACGGCACGGAUGAGUCAAACAUAUUAAAUAGUCCCUUGGCCAACAAUGGCGGUACAAUGGAAAUAUCAUCACCCAAUCCAUUGGCGCCGACAACAACAAACGGCAGCGGGACGGCAACUUCACCGGAUAGCUCUUCAUCGGCUCCAGCGACACCUGCUGUGCUGGGCGAGAAUGCAUUGCAUGUUGAGAUCUCGGAUGCAUUGAGCGAGAAGGAAAAAGUCAAGUUCACUGUGCAUACGCGCACAACGUUGCCUGGAUUUGCAAAGAAGGAUAACAACGUGGUACGUCAGCAUGAAGAGUUUGUUUGGCUGCACGAUCGCAUUGAAGAGAACGAAGACUAUGCGGGCUACAUUAUUCCGCCCUGUCCGCCACGACCGGACUUUGAUGCAUCGCGUGAAAAACUUCAGCGCCUGGGAGAGGGCGAGGGUAACAUGACCAAAGAGGAGUUUAAGAAAAUGAAAUCUGAAUUGGAAGCUGAGUAUCUUGCCACGUUCAAAAAAACGGUUGCCAUGCACGAGGUGUUCUUGCGACGUCUGGCCAGUCAUCCGGUAUUUCGCGUGGAUAAUCAUUUGAAGGUGUUUUUGGAAUACGAUCAGGAUCUGUGUGCCAAGCCGCGCAAGAAGAUGGCCAUCUUUGGGGGAUUCGUCAAAUCGCUGGGAAAGACCACAGAUGAAAUACUUUUGAGCGCAACAGUUCGCGAUGUCAAUGAUUUCUUUGAGAAUGAAUUGCAGUUCCUUACCGAGUACCAUGGACAUUUGCGUGAGGCAGCUUCUCGUACUGAGAAAAUGACACAGCGUCACAAGGAUGUGGGCGAUUCACAUCAAAAUAUAUCGAAUGCCUUAACACAGCUUUCCACAACCGAAAAGGGUAAUGUUGAGACCUUUGUAGCCAAGGCUGCAGAGGUAUUCGAGCGCAUAAAGAAUCUGGAAACACGUGUUGCCAGCGAUCAGGAUCUGAAGUUGGGCGAUACCCUACGCUAUUAUCAGCGUGAUAGUGAUGCAGCCAAGGCGCUGUUGAUUCGCCGUCUACGCUGUCUGGCGGCAUAUGAGACGGCCAAUCGGAAUUUGGAGAAGGCUCGGUCUAAGAAUAAAGAUGUACAUGCGCCUUUGGAGGUGCAAGAGGCUGAAACUGCCCAAGCGGAAGCUUGUGAGAAGUUUGAAUCGAUGUCCGCCUGCGGCAAGGAGGAGCUUAUUGGCUUUCGUAAUCGACGUGUGGCUGCUUUCAAAAAGAGUCUCGUUGAGUUAUCGGAACUGGAGAUCAAGCAUGCGAAAAACCAAUACGACUAUUUGCGUCAAUCCCUGUUGGCCCUUAAGGAAAUUGCCUAAGUAUAGGAUGACUUUGGAUUAUCGCCUGCACCUUGUUUACACACCAUUUUAGCCAAACCCCCUUGGAGUAAAUCAAUUGGUUAUUGCUAAGCAAAACAGUUUUAUUAUCAUUACUAUCUACAUAUAUAUGUAUAACACUAAGAGCUAUCGCAUUGUAUUUAUAUAUGCAUGCAGAUUACCGAAUAUGAUUUUGUUUGUGAAACAGAUCGCUUUUAUAUAUUGUAUAACGAGCAUUCCUUUAUCAACUUUACUAAUGUACAAGUAUUGAAUUCUAAAUAUAUUAAACUAUAUACAACAA